CCAGCAGUGGUACGCGGGCUUACCGAGUGGUCCUGUACGCGCUAGGUUGGCACGAGUGCAUCGACAUUGACGAGUGCAGAUACAGGUACUGUCAGCAUCGCUGUGUCAACGUCCCCGGCUCCUUCUCCUGUCAGUGUGAACCAGGCUUCCAGCUGGCCGGCAACAACCGCUCCUGUAUUGAUGUGAAUGAGUGUGACAUGGGCGCCCCCUGUCAGCAGAGGUGUUAUAACACCUACGGUACCUUCCUCUGRCGCUGUGACCAGGGCUACGAGUUGGGGCCUGACGGCUUCGCCUGCAAUGACAUAGACGAGUGCAGCUACUCCAGUUACCUGUGUCAGUUCCAAUGUGUCAAUGAACCCGGGAAGUUCUCCUGUCAGUGCCCAGAAGGCUACCAGCUGCUGGGCACCCGACUAUGCCAGGAUAUAAAUGAGUGUGAGACCGGAGAGCACCAAUGUACUGAAGGACAGACGUGUGUGAAUAUCCACGGUGCCAGUCAGUGUGUGGACACCAACCGUUGCCAGAGCCCUUACGUCCAAGUAUCUGACAA